ACAUACAACAAUAGUAUUUAUAAAAGCGCAAAUUGCUAGUGAAAUUUUAUUACUUUAGUCAGUCACCAUAAACUUGUCAUUGAAAUGUCAAAAAUAUGCAAUAAAUGUAAACAGUAGGUGGUUUAUUUGCGAGAUAAAUCCCAUUUUAUAAACAACAAUAUCAUCAUGGAAAUAACAGACAUAUCACAAUUGGCUAAUCUGUUAAGGCCAGCAAGUAAAGAAGUCUUUUGUGGCAAGGGUAAACUAUGUCUGUCGAUUAACUACUUGAAUAAACUUAACACCCUAUUGGACGAAAUAGCCUUGAAUGGGGAUAUGAGCUCUUCAUUUCAUACUCUGCAAUCCACAAAUAAUACAGUUAAUCAAAGAGAUGUGCAGUUUCUAGAAGAAUUACUUCAGAGGACGGCCAGUUUGAAAAUAGUGCCAGAUAUAGUGAACAAUGAAUGUAAUAUUGAUAUAAGUAAAUUCAAGAAUUUGAGGAAUUUAGAAGUACAAAAAUUAAAUACUAAGACACUGUUAGGAAUUCAGAAGUUGAGAUGUCAGUUAAAAAGGAUUACUUUCACCCGUUCAGUGAACAGCAUUGCAGAAAUUCUGGAUAAAUGUGCUGCUGACAACACUAACCGUUUCACAUGGAGUGAAUUGAAACAAGCCAGUUUUACACAAAAUAAAUUAGUGGAAAUUGAUGAUAGUUUUGAAUGUACCCCAUGGUUACAUACUCUGGAUUUAAGUCACAAUGAACUAACAGAUGUUUCUUUAUUGAGUUGUCUACCUAACUUGAAACAUUUGAAUUUGUCAUACAACAAACUGGAAAGUGUGCCAUUGUUCAGAGGCCUGAUUUGCACAAGAUUGCAGAGUCUGAUUCUGAAACAUAAUUUUAUUGAGGACAUUGGUGCUUUGUCACAUGUGAUUAAUAUUGUACAGGUGGAUUUAAGCCAAAACUGCGUUUUGGAUCAUAAAUCUCUGCUGGCUGUCUCUCAUUUAGUCUCUCUACAAAUGCUGAAUCUACAGGGCAACCCAUUGAGUUACCACCCCCAUCAUAGGAAUAUUGCUUGUAAUUACCUGAAUAAAAAUACGGCAACUACACGUUUCUCAUUGGACGGCGUCGCCCUUUCAAAUUCAGAAAAGUCUUUGGUGGGUACGCUUUAUCCGAUAAAACAAAAAUCCAUGUCUUCCUCUCACAACUCCUCGGAGGAAGGUAAUCUAAAUUCGAUAUCGGAAAGAAGUCGCAGAGUUAGAAACGUCACCAUCGAAGACGAUUCGUUCAUCAAGGAAGAAGUACCAGUUGCUGUAAGUCCCAGCACGAAUUCGUUUCAGCAUCUGACAAUAAAGAAGCACGUGGAACAACUGAGAGGCGAAUACGGCGAAUCUUGGUUGCACAGGGAGUCCGGUUUAAUGGUACAGGACGUCUUGGGUUUGGAAAAAAAACAGGUGCCUUAUUCAUCCACCCCCUACGAGUCUGCCAUCGAUCAUUUAGACGUUCGUGAUGAUAUAUCCGAAAUUAAAUCGGACAACCUGGUUUUUGAGACGGCCAACGACCAAUCGUUGGAAAACGCCGAAGUAGCACCACCACCAGCGUCAGAGCCUGCCGAUUCUGACGUGUCUGAUGGUGAGGAUGUUUACCUGGGCGGAGAAGAGAGCAUUUAUUUGGCGAAAAUAAUCGAUGGGGAUGAGGUGCUUGUGGUCGUUACUCAGAGUCACAUAUCGGAAAGGGACUGCACGACAAGCAAGGAACGGGCGAGGUGGCACGUAAACACGGUUUUAACUUGUGAAUAUUUUGAGGAAUCUAAGACAAUAGUUAAAGUGACUUUUAAUACGAUAAGGCGGGACAGAAAGCAGAGAUUGUACGAAUUGGAAGAAGAUGAAGCUAGAAAUCUUGUUAAUUCGAUUAAAGAUAAAAUCGCGAGUCAAGAACCUCCAGAAAUUAAACUAAUUAAUUAUAAAUGUAUGAAAUGCUCGGAAACAUUUAGUAAAAAUAAAAUUGAAACGUUAGUCGAACAACCUGCUGUUAAUUGUGUUAAAUGCGAUAGUAAUAUGGUUAUUACUGUAGAAUAAAAUUUCUGUCUUAACAAAAUAAAUGCAAAGGGCUGUGAAUGUCGUGACUGAAAUAUUUUGUUACGCAUGUUCAAAUAUUAUGUUAUAAAUGCAGCUUGCUUUACAUACGCUUCGUCGUCUAUUUAGAUUAUUUUAUCGUGUAUCAAUAGAUUUUUUUAAUAUGUUGUAUGUGUUCAGAUUUUGUAUCAUAUUUUAAAACUAGUACUAAAAGUAACAAUUUUAGAAUGUGUGUAAAAUAAGACUGAAACACAUAGAUAUUUAUGUCUUAAACCCAGUUUUAUUGUUUAAACUUUAUGUUCUGUAAGCACAAAUGAAAUAGUUUUAUAUUAUGUAAAUUUAUUUAUACAAUGUACUAUGAUAUAUAUUAAUAAAUAUUUAUUUUAUA